AUUACGCAACAAAAUGACGUAAGCAGCCGUUCCACUAGUGAUAAACUCAGAGGCGAGAGUAGUCUUAAGUAUUUACAAGGUUAAUUCGUUGUAAAGUGCACAGUUUGUGGACAGAAACAAUCGUGAUGAAAUUGAUGGAUGUCAUAGUUAUCGGCUGCGGUGCUUCAGGUAUCGCAGUUCUACGGAGGCUGCAUGAUGCAGGACUCACAGCAUUGGGUCUCGAGGCAGCCGGCAGGAUCGGGGGCAGAAUAAACACUGUGCCUUUUGCUGAUAACGUCGUCGACUUAGGAGGAGCAUGGUGUCAUGGAGAAAAAGAUAAUAUCGUAUAUGAAAUCGCAAACCCUCUUGACCUACUGGGCAGACCAGAUCCAGAUAAGAUCUGGUACUUAUUAUCCAACGGCAGUUUUGCACCUGAUAUCUUAAUAAAAGAUAUGGUUCAAGCAGUGGCAGAUUCUGUAAGCGAAGCUGCGAAGGAUGAUAUUACUUCGAUAGCCGAAUGUGUUGUUAAAGCAGCAGAAUCAAAGGAAAUUUUUAAGAAUUCGGAUUUAACACGUCCUCUCAUCGAGUGGUACGGAAGAAUUAAUCAUCUAGGAGGCGAGGAUGACCCUAAGAAUGGAAAAUCUUUAAGAGGGUUGACUGAAAACUGGGUUUGCGAAGGAGAACCAACGCUCAACUGGAAAGGGAGAGGAUAUAAGACUAUACUGGAUGUUUUGCUAAACCGACAUCCAGAUCCUGCGAAAGAGAUCCCAGUGGAAAUCUUGCUGAACAAAGAAGUGGACAGUAUCAGAUGGGGCACCAUUCAAUUCGGUAAAGAUUCUACCAAAUCCCUCGUACACGUUACAUGCAAAGACGGCAGCCUGUUCAUGGCAAACAGCGUUAUCAUCACGAUACCAUUGGGAGUGUUGAAAGAAAGACAUCAUCACCUAUUCAAGCCAUCAUUGCCCGCCAACAAGAUCACUGCUAUAAACAACCUAGACUUUUGUAUCCUCGACAAAAUCUACGUCGAGUUCACCGAAGCGUGGUGGUCCAAAGCUCCUGCACAAUUCAACAUCCUGUGGCGAGAAGAAGACAAACAGAAAUUUUCCGAAAUGAAAUGGGUGACUUCUAUAUUUGGAGCGAACACUGUGGCAGAUCAGCCUAACGUACUUCUGUUCUGGAUAUAUGGUAACGGAGCUAAGGAUAUGGAGGAAGCAAGCCAAGAGGAUGUUGAAAAAGGUGUUGAACAGCUUCUGACGAUGUUCAUGACAAAUUUCGACAUAACCCCGAUAAAAGCAGUACUCAGAUCACAAUGGGCCACAAAUCCUUUGGCCCGUGGUGCUUAUUCUUACCGCAGCGUCAGAACAGAAGAGCACGGAGGCAGCGCGUUAGAUCUGAGCGAGCCCCUGUACCAAAACGACGAGUUCCCUGUCGUCUGCUUCGCGGGUGAAGCGACGUCCCAUCAUCGUCAUAACUCAGUACACGGGGCAAUAGAAGCUGGCUUUAGAGAGGCCGACAGACUGAUCGAUUGUUUCAAAAAAUUGAAAGAAAAAAGUUCCUAAUUUAACAAUUUUCAAUUUUAUACUCAUUAGGAUAAGAUCCAAUUUUUAAUAAGAUUGUAAAAAAUUACUGAAAUAAAAGUAUGAAUAUUGAUAAAAACAACAAUAACUCUAGUUAUUUCUUUUAGCGGCAUCUUUUGGAGACGAUGACCACACGGUGGUAGAAUUUAUAGAAACUAAAUGAGGACGAAUUUUUUUUUACAUUUAAAUAAAACAUUUUGUUGUAAAAAACGAUUUUCUCUUUAUUAUCUUCAUUAUUAUUUUCUUAAAUUAUAUCACAUAGAUGUACAAUAUACGAUGAUCAAAAGUAGACAAAAGUCGAUGAU